AUUUUAAACAUUUUUUUUUCAUAAAUGACCGAAAUCAGCCAAUACAACCACUCGGCCAGAAUUUCAUAAAUUUCAGCAGAAUCACCCGAUUCAGCCAUUUCAGUACGUGUUAUCAAAUGAGCUCUAAAUUUCUCAAGCAAUAUUUGUUCCUAUUAAUUGCUAAAGUAUAUUAGAAACCUAAAAAUCACUCUUUAAAGUAUUUAGGGCCUAUUUAUUUGUCUCUCCAGUUUUCUGUUUUCAUUUUCUAGUUUUCCAUUUUUCAAACCUGGACACAUAUUUUUCAAAUUUCCUUUGUUUUUCAUUUCAUUUUUCAAAACCAUAAAGUAAUAAGUAUAUACAUUGAUGAGUUGAAACCUAACCGAAGACGCAUUAAUGGCAAAUAUUACCUCACACCGUUAAAAAAUUAAUGUGUGUAUAAUGCAAAAUAAAGUACUCAUAAUUAGAAACAUUUGAAAUAAGAUUUUUUUUUUACAUAAAUGAUAAUCCACGAACAAGACUUAAUAAGUGACAUUGUUUAAUAAGAGGCUACAUGAGCUUGAAAAACAAAUACUCCGUACAUAACACUAGUAAUACUUUGACGUGAAACUUAUGAAUCAAAGUUAGUAUUAAAAACUUAUUUAUAAAGUCACACGUUUUUUCAUAACAUGUUUGAGUACAUAAAAAUAGUAAUACUUUUUUUAAAGUCACAUAUAUAUUUUUUCAUGAUCUAUGGAUCAUAGUCAGUAUUAGAAAUUUAUUUAUUUUGGAGAAAAAUUAUGAUACCUAAUAGUAAGCCAUAAAACACUAAAACGUGAAAAUUGAUUUUCCUAAUUUAAUAAAUAAAAUAUAUUAUUCAACAUACAUUGCUGCAAUUAUUGGUCAUGCAGACAUGUUUUGUCCUUUGGCAUAUGACUGUGAAAACAAAGCUUUGACUAAACCAUUUGGAGUUAGUCUUCGAGCGGGUGGGGAGGGAAAACUCAACGGAUGAGGGACAACAAAUGGCUAGUCACAGAAGGCCUCUUAGACAGAAGCGGAUCGAGCAAGCCGGGCAAGCAAGAAGGAACCAUAAAUGCCAGAGAUGAGAUAUUUGGGUCAGAGGGGCAGCAUGGGGUAAUUACUGAGGUAGAUGCUGGUUCAAAGGAGGAGCAAGACAUAGUAGCUAUGGAGGGAUCCUCUGGAGAGCAGAAGCGUAGAAGAGUGUGGGAGGAAAAGGAGCAUGAGGAUGACAAAAGGGACAAUAUGGCAUUGGACUUUUCAAAAAACGAAGAAGGGACGGGUCUCAGACACUAGACUCGUUGAGACUUUUGAGGUGGCCCCAAGACAUGGAGGAUCGAAGGAUUACUUUAAGCUGUGCGAGGGUGCAGCUGAAUUCCCACUACUUUAUUUUCGCUGUUAUUUUUUGUUUUGAUUAGACUAUCGUUGUUGCUUUCUGUUUUGUUUUUUCAUUAACCAGACUCUUGCAUUAGGUUGGGGUGAAGAGAGGUCUAUUCUAGCCGCGUUAGGCUCAUUUAGACCCAUUAUAGGAUCAGUGAGCCAUAUUGCUUUUUCCAGGGUGAUUGGCUCUAAGUCUGGUUCGAGGGUCGGUGGUUGGAAAUGGUCUUUUUAUCUUCUUGUUCCCUUAUUGAAUGCUUUGAUAUCAAUAUAAGUCUUGAGCAA